GCAAGUUGUUGUUUUGCAUGCAUCAUCCUUUCAUUUUGGUUGACUUUGGAAUUGGGAUGGGAGCACUAUAUUAAUACACACGCGGGCCUUCAUUCUCCGGCCCCCUGAUCUAGCUAGCUAGUCUCACAGACAUCUCUCUGGAAGGUAUUGAUCUCGAGCUAGGCCGCGCCGGGGCCGGAGAAGAUGAGUUAUAUCGGGAUGAUGGAGGCGCGGAUGCCGCCGGGGUUCCGGUUCCACCCGAGGGACGAGGAGCUCGUCCUCGACUACCUCCUCCACAAGCUCACCGGCCAUGGCGGCGCUGGAGUCGCCAUCGUCGACGUCGACCUCAACAAGUGCGAGCCAUGGGACCUCCCAGACGCCGCGUGCGUGGGCGGGAAGGAGUGGUACCUGUACAGCCUGCGGGACCGCAAGUACGCGACGGGCCACCGGACCAACCGCGCCACGCAAUCCGGCUACUGGAAGGCCACCGGGAAAGACCGGCCCAUCCGCCGCUGCCGGCAGCUCGUCGGGAUGCGCAAGACGCUCGUCUUCUACCAGGGCCGGGCACCCAAGGGCACCAGGACCGAGUGGGUCAUGCACGAGUUCCGCCUCAUCCAGCAAGACCACGGAGAUCAUCCUCUUCCGCGGCCGCCGGCGAGGUCGUCCAGCGAUCUCAAGGAAGACUGGGUGCUAUGCAGGGUGUUCUACAAGAGCAGAACAACCACCCCAAGGCCACCAUCUGAAGAAGCCUGCACAUUCUCCAGUGAGCUGAACCUGCAGGCUGCGCCGCCGCUCGUGCCCCUCGUCGAUACCUACAUCGCCUUCGAAGGUGGCACCACCAUGACCGCCGUCGAGCAGGUGACCUGCUUCUCCGGCCUGCCGGUGCUUCCAUUCAAGGGCUCGGUGAGCUUUGGGGACCUGCUGAGCUGGGACGACCCUGAGAAGAAGGCCAUCAGAACAGCUCUGAGCAACAUGCCAUCAAGCAACAGCAAUUCAAAACUGGAGCUGCCUCCAAACUGGAGCCAGGAAAAUGCCCUGUCACAGAUGUGGACACCCCUCUGAAUCUUACAUGAGAUCAUAUAUCGUGCUGGUAGUGAAGUAGAUGACAUAUUCUUUCUAAUGAUAUUGGACUAGUAUUGGUUUAUGCAGUGUCUAUUGCUUAGGAUCUGAUCAUGGGUGUGUUAGCUUAUGCACAGUACAUUAGUGAAAUGGCUUGUUACAGCAUUUGUACAUAGGAUUGCUAAGAAAUGCCCUUUUAGUUUUGCUCUUUCUUUCUACUUUCCAAGUGUACCUUUCACUGAAAGGCAAUAUGUGGAUAAUCCCCUGUAAAAAACUCUUUCAUUUACAUUUAGGCCAUGUAUGCAAAAUACUACAGAGCUUACUUCA